AUGGAUCAUUUUGCACUUGCUUUUCGCCCCGAAGAAAGUCCUCCUGUCCCUCGCAGACAGGCAUCGAAUGCCAUUCAACCUCAAUUGCCUGAAUUCGAUGAACAUACUACCUUGGCAGUCGAAAACUCGAGCGCAGUGAAACACCCUAUUGGUAACUCAAGCGUUGUUGGCACAAACUGUGGCGCCUCUGCCUGUGCCGUGGAUUCUACUAGCGCACUCUUACCAUCUUCUACCCAAAGCCCACUAGGAUUUAUCAAACCAUUAUCUGGUCAACCAAUCUCGGUCAGAAUACCUUCUACCAACGCUGUAUGUAAAGCUUGGUGUGAAUAUACAACGCAGUAUUUAACUUACGAUCCUACAAUAGGCAUGCAAGUCUUGCCGAUCCCAAUCGAUCUAUUGGCUGAAUUCAUCAUCCAAGACGCCAUCAAGGCGGAUACGCCCCUACAACAGCUCGCUCAUAUCUGUUUGGUCAAAUACUCUUGCCACGGAAAGGGAUCUCGUGAAUACGAAGUUGUGAAAAUGGUCUGGGAGUUUAUUCAAAGAGUUUUACAUUGA